AGACGCGAUGUAAUACCUGGAGCUGGUCAGUCUCCUCACAGUGGAGCCUGGUAACCGCGACCUCCUUUCCAGGUCCUGUGUAUUGCUGGCUGGAGAAGGGUAGUUGACAAACUCCCACCCAGUACAGUGUGUAUGUGCGUCAAAAAAAGGAAACAGUGUCCGGUGGCGGCGGAGGCGAGAGGAUCCUUUCAGGCGCGACCCCAUCUCUUUAGUCUCACCUCAGCUGCCCAGCUACUUGAACCCCGAGGUUCAAGGCUCCAGUGAGCUAUGACCCCACCACAGCACUCCAGCCUGCGAGACUGAGAGCCACCCGGAGUUCCCUUGCUGAGGAUCUGAGCAUGACCCGGGACAAGGCACUGCCGGACUCUCUUUCCGCACAGGACUUCCAUGACAAUUAUUAGCCCAAUGAGAUCCUGGGCAGGCUGGAGUUGCAAUCUCAGCUCACCACAACCUCUGCCUCCCAGAUUCAAGAAAUUCUCCUGCCUCAGCCUCCCAAGUAGCUGGGACUACAGGGGUGCAUCACCACGCCCAGCUGAAGCCUUGGGGAGCACUGAAGCCAAGGCUGUAUCGUACCAAAAAUUUGAAGCACAUGUGAAUGAUCUGAAUGUGGAAGGACUACCAGAAAACAUUCCUUUCAGAAGACCCUCAUGGUAUGGAAUCCCAAGGCUGGAAAACAUCUUUCAAGAGGGCAGUCGAAUUAAAUUUGUUAUGAAGAGACCAGAACUUCUUACUCACAAUACAACUGAAGUCACUCAGCCAAGAACAAAUACAACAGUAACUCCAGUUAGCCUCCAUUGUCUCCAAGUCGACUUUCGUCCUCAUCCAUAACUCCUCCACACAAGCCCUGAACACCUGUCCAUGGUGACUCUGCGAACUCCUUUUGGAAAAAACUCUCAUCAGGACUGUUUUACUAGCUGUUAGACCACCAUUGUACUGGCUACUGUAACAUUUCUUGGUAUUCUUUCUUGGCUUGAACUAAUUAUUUCCUACUUGCCACACUAAAGUCCCCCAAAAGACCAUGAAGUCCUGAGAGUAAUGAAAAGCUUCCUGAAAUUGAGGUCACUGUGGAAGAUGGGACCGUCUAGUUGCAGAAAAACAAGCUCAGGACUCCCACUGAUUCUACAUUAUGCCGCAGCUGAGAUGUCUCACCCCACUCUCUGUGAUGCAACAAGAAGCCCCUUGGGAGCAUUUCAUUCCCACUCUAUACUUCUGUCAUUGUGCUCAUCACAGUCUGGCUGGAGUGCAGUGGUGUGAUCAUGGCUGAUGGUAGCCUGAAACUGCUGGGAUUCAGUGAUCAAUCCUCCCAUCUCAUCCUACCAAGUAGUGGGGACCACAGGUGCAUGCCACCCGGGUCUUGCUAUGUUGCCCAGGCUGAUCUUGAGCUCCUGGCCUCAAGCGAUCCUCUCACCUUGACCUCCCAAAGUGCAAGGAUUACACGUAUGAGCCACCAUGCCUGACCCCUACCCUGCCUCUUGAGAACCAAAAGAAAGAAGGAUCCAAAUUCUCCUUAGCUCAACUCCAGCCAUUUCCCGAUCGCGUCAUCAGCAAGGAGCUGGUUAUUGGGCUGUCCAGGCCUCCCAAACUGCACAGAAAUGAGAAACAGGACCUUGCUGUGUCACUCAGGAUGGAGUUCAGUGGUCCUAUCAUGGCUCAUUGUAGCCUCAAACUCCCAGGCUCAAGCGAUCCUACCACUUCAACCUUCCCAGUAGCUGGGACUACAGACACAGGGUCUCACUAUGUUUGUCAGACUGGUCUCCAACUCCUGGCCUCAAGCGAUCCUCCUGCCUAGGCUUCCCAAGUAGCUGGGAUUACAGAUGGAGUGUAGCUCUUGUUGCCCAGGCUGAAGUGAAAUGGCGUGAUCUCGGCUCACCACAACAUCCACCUGCAGGGUUCAAGCGAUUUUCCUGCCUCAGCCUCCCAAGUAGCUGGGAUUUACAGGAAGUGACCUCACAAUGACUCAAGCUACCACUUACUGUUGAUUGUGAUGAAAUGCCAGCUGAGCCAUAGGCCCUGCGAGCUUAGGAGUGCUACACUUGACCACUGUGGCAGUAAAGAUGACUCUGAAGAAUGGCAUGGGAUGGAUACUUUCGGAUGCACUUGAGCACGGGUCUCCAACCACAGGGCCACAGAGCCGGAGGCUGAUCUCAAACUGCUGGCCUCCAGUAAUAUACCUCUCUCAGCCUCCCAGGGUGUUGAGAUUACAGGCAUAAGCCACCACGCUCAACCAACACCUGGAUCUACCAUGAAAGACUUCAGAGUCCAGGAAGAGAGACUGACUGGGCAACAUGUUAUUCAGGAAAUGGUGAAUUAAGUGUGGCAGUAAUGCUUUGCAGCGACAAUAAAUUUGAUUGUAUGGAAUUUUGCCUGAGAGACCUCACUACAGUUUCUAAUGUUUUGAUGUUAUCAUCCAUCCCUGUCCUUGUCAAAUAAUUUGGAAUAGGUAUAAUGAUCACAAUAACACCAAGCGUAAUAAUAUCUCAUUAAUUCUCACAAAAUCACAGGAGAUGGGAUCUCACCCUGUCACUCAGGCUGGAGUACAGUGGUGCCAUCACAGCUCACUGCAGCUUUGAACUCCUGGGCUAAGGAUCCUCCUGCCUCAGCCUCCUGAGUAGCUGGGACUGUAGCUCCUGCCUCCCAGCAGCCUCUUCAGGCCUAGAACUUUCUCCAGUCAGCCUCUACAGACCAAGCUCAUGGCACCCAAUGUCCUAUUUAGUCCCAUACCCUACCUCACGACAGUCUCUGCAGAUGAGGCUACUGCCUCACGGCAGCCUCCACAGGCGUGGCUCCAUCAUUACAACGGCCUCUUUAGGCCCAGCUCCUGCCUCCCAGCCUUCUCUCCAGGCCCAGAACUUUCUCAAAUUGACCUCACCAGGCCCGGCUCCUGCCUCUCAUCAGCCUCCCAAGGGCCAGCUUUUGCCUCACAGCCACCCUCCAAGACCCAGCUCCUGUUUUACAGUGGUGUCUUGAGGCUCACCUUCUGCCUCCCGGCAGCCUGUACAAGCCCAGCUCCUGCGUUAAAACAGCCUGUUUAGUCCCAGCUCCUGCCUCUGGGUGGCCUAUCCAGGCCCAAAAUGUCCACAAGUCGGCCCCUCAAGGCCCAGCUCCUGCCUUCUGUCAGUCUCCCAGGCCCAGCUGCUGCCUCCAGGUGGCCUCUACAAGCCGAGCUCUUUCUUCUGGCUGUGCCUGGAGGCCCAACUUCUGCCUCACAACAACCUCUUUUGGCUCAGCUCCUGCCCAGCUCCUAGUGGCCUUUGUAGGCCCAAAACUGCCUCAAGUCAAGCUUUCCAGGCCCACUUUCUGCCUCUCAAUGUCCUGGACAGGCCCAGCUCCUGCGUGAAAAUGGCCUCUCCAGGCCCAGCUCCUGCGUGACAAUGGCCUCUCCAGGGCCAGCUGUUACCUCCCAGCAGACUCUCCAGGCCCAGCUUUUGCCUCACGGAGGUCUUCGCUGAACAGUUUCCUACCUGCCUCCUGGCAGCCUUGAUAGGCCCAGAUCCUGCCUCACACUAACGUCAUUAGUGCCAGCUUAUGCCUCACGGUGGCUUCUCCAGGCCCAGCUCCUGCCCCCCAACAGGCUGUCCAUGCCCAAAACUUCAAGUCGGCCUCUUCAGGCAGAGCUCCUGCCUAACACUGGCCUCUUUAGGCAUGGCUCAUGCCUCUCGGUGGCCUCUCCAGGCCUAGCUCCUGCAUCCUGGUGGCUUCUCCAGACCAAGAACGUUCUCAAGUCUGCCAUUCCAGGUCCAACUCCUGCCUCUACAGGCUCAACCUCUGCCUCACAGCAGACUCUCCAGGCCCAGCCUCUGCCUCACCGCAGCCCCCCAUGCCAAUCUGCUGCCUUUCAGCAGCCUCUACAGGCCCAGCUCUUGCCUCCCAAUGACCUCUCUAGACCAAGCUUAUGCCUCACAGUGGCCAUUCCGGCCCAGCUUUUGCCUUUUGGCAGCCUCUCCAGGCCCAGAACUUCCUCAAGUGGGCCUCUCCAGGCCCAGCUCUUCCUCCUGGCUGCAUCUCCAGGCCCACCUCCUGCCUCACAACAAUGUGUUUCCACUCAGCUCCUGCUCAGCUCCUGGUGGCCUUUGUAGGCCCAAAACUUCCUCACAUCAAGUUCUCCAGCACACACUUCUGUCUCCCGGUGGCCUGAACAGGGCCAGCUCCUGCGUGACAGUGGCCUCUCCAGGCUCAGCUCUUGCCUCACGGAGAUCAUCCCCGGCCAAGUUCCUGCCUGCCUUCCAGCAGCCUCGACAGGCCCAGUUCCUGCCUCACAUUGUUGUCAUUGGGCCCAGCUCAUGCCUCACGGUGGCCUCUCCAGGCCCAGCUCCUGUCCCUGACAGGCUUUCCAGGCCAAAAUCUUCCUCAAGUUGGCCUCUCCAGGCUAAUCUCUUGCCUCACACUGGCUUCUUUAGGCCCAGCUCAUGCUUAUUGGCAGCCUCUCCAGGCCCAGCUCCUGCAUCUUGGUGGCCUCUCCAGGCCCAGCUCCUGCCUCCCAUCGGCCUCACAGCAGAUUCUUCAGGCCCAAUAUCUGCCUCACUGCGGCGCCCCCCCCAAGCCAAGCUCCUGUCUUUCAGCAGCCUCUACACACCCAGCUCCUGCCACUCGGUGGCCUUCUUAGGCCAAGCUUAUGAGUCACAAGGGCCUUACCAGGCCCAACUUUUGUCUCAUGGCAACCUUCCCCUGGUCAGGUUCCUGCCUGUCUCCCAGCAGCCUGGACAGGCCCAGGUCCUAUCUCACACUGGCCUCUACACCCAGCUCAUGCCUCAUGGUGGCCUCUCCAGGCCCAGCUCCUUCCCUGGGAUGUCAUCUCCAGGCCUAAAACUUCCUUAAUUCAGCCUCUCUAGUCCCAGCUACUGCCUCCUGGCAGCCUCUGAAGGCCCAAAGGCUCCUUAAGUUGGCCUCUGCAGGCUCAGUUCCUGCCUCCUAUUGGCCUCUACAGGCCCAG